AUGUACGAGGUCCAACCACGGCAAGUAGAUAUUGCGCUUGUUAUCGCAUGCCACGACGGCAAUUUUGAAGAAGUCAAGCGAUUGGUAGAGGAUGAAGAUGCAGAUAUAUGUUACCAGGAUUUUAAAACUGGAAUGAGCGUUUUAAUGGUUGCGGCAGGAGCUGGACACACAGAUAUUGUAAACUAUUUAUUAUCAGAAGGUGCCCCCUGGAAUGCAGUUGAUCGAAGCUAUUUGUGCGCCGGGGAUUAUGCCGCUAGAAAUAAACAGCAAGAUUGUAUUGAUAUCCUGAUGAAUCAUGCAGUUAUGUCUGAGUUACUUUUGUGUAUUGCAGUAAACAAGUCAGAUGCAGGAGAGUCUUUGAAAAAUGUUGAUUCUAUGGAUCUCACUACUACUGUAAACACACGUGCAAAUAACUCUUCAGAAGCCCUUAACGCUUCUUACCUUUCUAGUCGACUGGACUGUAAUGAUGGAUUGGGAAACUCCAAUAAUGGAGAACAUGCAGCGUGGAUUUGUCAUGCAGACGAAAUAGAUAGUACUAUCAGUUUACCUAUUCGAGUUUUAAAUAUUGGAUUUGGUUUGGGGAUUGUUGACACGGCUAUACAAAAGUAUUCACCUGACUCACAUUAUAUAAUAGAAGCUCAUCCGGAGGUGUUGAAGAAAAUGAAGUCCGAAGAAUGGUUUGCUAAGCCAGGCGUCAAGAUAAUUCCAAGUAAAUGGCAAGAUGCGGUCGUCUUACUAGCCAAAGAAAUUGAUGACGGGGCAAUUCCAAGGUUUAGUGGAAUAUUUUUUGACACAUAUGCAGAGGACGAUAAUGAUUUGAGAGAAUUUCAUACGUGGUUACCCAAACUUCUUUCUAUACCUAAUCAAAAAAGUGUGGGAGAUCCAUCUUUCUCAGGAAGGUACUCUUAUUAUAACGGUUUGUGUCCUGACAAUGUAUUUUUUCACGGAGUCGCAUGCGAAACAAUGAGGUUGCAUUUAAAAAGGUUGGGAAUAAGUUGUAUAUUUGCCCCAGUUGCUGUCGACGUUGCAGACCAAGAGAUGUGGAAAGAUGUUUCUCAAAGAUAUUGGUAUUUUGAUACAUAUUUCUUGCCAAAGUGUACUUUUGAUCUUGGUGAAAAGGACUAA